CCACACACCCUGUCCUGGGUGCUCCUGCUGCCUGCCAUGCUGCGUGGGCUGCUGCUGCUUGCCCUGCUGCUGGGGGCCGCCCUCCCUCGGCCCUUGCCCCAGAGGUUGAUGAUCCCCCUGCUCCUCCCAUACCUGAAGGUGCAGCAGGGCUCCUGGCCCAGCUGUGUGCUGGCUCUUGUGGGCCUGCCAAGCCCCCUGAGCCUGGCUGGGGACGAGUGGUGCUCAGCUGCCCCUCGCCUCUUCUUCCUCAGCAGCAGCUACUCGGUUCCUGAGGACUUCACCGCUCCCCUGGAGCUGCCGCAGCGGCACUUUGGCCUGGUGGACGACUACGGCAUCAAGCCCAAGCAGCCGCGGCUCAGGGCCCGGCAGCGCUCCGCGGGGCUGCGCCACGCCGGCAAAGCCAAACGCGACGAGCGGGAGCUGCUGGACUACUACGGGGAUGGGCAGCCCUGAGGCAGCCGGGCCCUGGGCCCAGCAGACACAGACACAAGAGGGGAGAGACAAGGCGGAGGCAGCUCAUCCUGGCACCUGCUCUGGCAGAGGAGAUACUGGAGGUCCCUGUUCCUCCCUGCCCAGCAGCAGUGGCCCCAGGGCCUGGCAGGGAGGUGAUGCCCAGCCAGGGCAAGCCCAGCUCCCAGGCAAGAGCCAGCAGCUGGGGCUUGUCAGUUGUAGCUGCUGUGUCUUCCCACGGCCAGAGUCCGACUCCGCCGCUGCGUUCCAAGUUCCCCCCACCCCACGGGCCUGAGGAGGAGAUGCCAUCACCUGCAGCAGGAAGGGCCUGAGCGUGCUGCUCUGGGAGAAUAAACUAAGUAUUC